AUGGGUCCAGCGCUACGCAACGGGAAGAAGGUGACACACCCGAAAGUACCCCAGCCACCACCAAAGAAGGUUGGCCGUCCUAAAAAGAAGGCCUCAACUACGUGCUACAAGUCAGCUCGCGAAGAGGCACGCAAAAUUGCCAGGCGUCUAGCUAGUAAAGCCUACUACAUCCGGAAGAAGAAAGGAAUAUCGUUGGCGUCAUGGCGUGAGCGCAUGCCGCUGACAGCGCGUCAGGAGGCCCGCCGACGUGCUGAUUACCUGGCAAACCUGUAG